UGCUGGGGCCAAGAGGCCCCGGGGAACGACAGCCCGACAUCUUAGGCGGCCGGACCCCCGGCCCAGCUUGUUGGCCGAGGCCGAGAGUUUGCAAACUCAGCUCUGGAGUUCGGCAGCGACAGCAGCAGGAAAAACCUGCCCCUGCUCCCCCUUCUCGCCGCCUCCCCUCCCCUGUUCUCCCUUCACCAGCCAGGCACCCCCAGUUCCUGCAAGGCCCUCCCACCAUGUCGGACCCAGACGUCCCCAGGGGCCCUGAUGUCCCCGCCAUGUGGCUCCCCUGUUCCAGGGGUGCCUGAGCCCCUUCGAAGAGCCACUACCGCCCGGUCCCCCGCCCACUUUGGCCCCAUCCUGAGCCCCAGGGACCAUGAGUGGGGGCAAGAAGAAAAGUAGUUUCCAAAUCACCAGCGUCACCACGGACUAUGAGGGCCCCGGGAACCCUGGAGGUCCAGAGUCCCCUGCCCUGCCGGUCCCUACUGGGCCCCCACCCCGCUUGCCCAACGGUGAGCCCAACCCAGAGCCAGGGGGCAAGAGCACCCCCCGGAAUGGUUCCCCACCGCCUGGGGCCCCGGCCUCCCGUUUCCGGGUGGUGAAGCUGCCGCAGGGCCUGGGAGAGCCUUAUCGCCGUGGCCGUUGGACGUGUGUGGAUGUUUACGAGAGAGACCUGGAGCCCCCCAGCUUUGGCCGGCUCCUGGAGGGGAUUCGAGGGGCCUCAGGGGGUGCUGGGGGCAGAUCUUUGGAUUCCAGGUUGGAGCUGGCCAGCUUGGGCCUGGGAGCCCCUAUCCCACAGCCAGGCCUGUCUCAGGGUCCAACCUCCUGGCUUCUCCCUCCUCCCACCUCCCCUGGACCUCAGGCCCGGUCCUUCACUGGGGGGCUGGGCCAGCUGGCAGUGCCUCGCAAGGCCAAGGUGGAAACACCCCCUUUGUCAGCUUCCCCACCCCAGCAGCGCCCCCCAGAGCCUGGGGCUGGAGAUAGCGUGGGCACAUCCCGGGCUGCCACGCCCCUGUCCUCCCUGAGGGUGGAAGUGGAGACCAGGGGCUCGACAGCUGGAACUCCUCCACUGUCCCGAACUAAGGAUGGAGCCCUGCGACUGAGGAUGGAGUUGGUUGCUCCAGAGGAGAUGGGGCAGGUACCCCCCCUCGACUCUCGCCCCAGCUCCACGGCCCUCUACUUCUUCCCUGAUGCCAGUCUGGUUCACAAGUCUCCAGACCCCUUCGGAGCAGCAGCAGCCCAGAGCCUCAGCCUGGCCCGAUCCAUGCUGGCCAUCAGUGGCCACCUGGACAGCGAUGAUGAUAGUGGCUCCGGAAGCCUGGUUGGCAUUGACAAUAAGAUCGAACAAGCCAUGGACCUGGUGAAGUCCCACCUCAUGUUUGCAGUCCGGGAGGAGGUGGAGGUGCUGAAGGAGCAGAUCCGGGACCUGGCUGAGCGGAAUGCUGCGCUGGAGCAAGAGAGACUGCUGCGUGCCCUGGCCAGCCCUGAGCAGCUGGCCCAGCUGCCGUCCUCAGGGGUCCCUCGGCUUGGGCCCCCUGCGCCCAAUGGGCCCUCCGUCUGAGCCUCCUUUCCCUCACAAUGUGCCUUUGGGGGCUGCCACAGCUGCCAGGCCUUGCGCCAGCUGCCUGCCCCCUCUUC